CAGUUACCCCACCGACUGUGGUAGGAUUUUUCACCCACGAGAUAGUAAACGUAAGCAAGCAAUCACAUGAGUGACGAUGUUUGGAAAUUUUAUUUAAAAAAUCACACGUCAUGUUUUCAAUAUGAAAAAAAUAAAAUGUAAAAAAGACACUAAUACUGGACGUGCUAACCCUGGGUUUGAACUCUGAGCUCCAGGUCUAUGAACUUCUGCUGCCACACUGUUGACUCAACAGUAUUAGAAAAGGAAAAGGUAACUCAUUAGUAAGCCUUUUCAAUCACAAGAUGGCAAAUCCCAAAGGAAAUAAACACUGCUUCAUUUUCUUACUGCAGGUCGAAAUAUAUGGGAUGCAUUUUUAAGCAAACAGUUUUCAAGUUUAGAAAAUGGAUAGACGUCCACACUCUAAAGAAGAUGAAGAAGAUCUUCUAAAAUUACAAAAAGAGUUUCUAGCUUCAUCUCAGCCUUCUAGCUCUAUCUUAAUCAAACGUCCAGAUAAGCGCAAAACAGAAAAGGAUGAAGAGGAUAAAAGAGAUGUUGUUACAAUGGAAGGAGUAGAGGCAUCUGGUAGUAAAGCUGAUGUUCCCUUAAAGAAAUUAAAGACAAAAGUUGGAUUUAGUGACCAAGACACAUCAGACAGAAAACAAAAUGAGGCUGGAGAUAAUGCUAGCAGUGAUGCAGACAUUGAGGAAAUGAUGGACAGACAAGACAGAGGCUUGGCAGCUGUGUUAACUACAAUUAUUGAAAGAGAUACAAGAAAUGAGAUGUGUAACGCCCCUAUUUUAGGAAAACAAGCCUUCCCAAGUGUCCUGCCUAUGAAUCUCAGCCAACAGAACCCAAACUCUUCAGGCAGUGUGAGAAAAAAAAGUUUGUUUGCUCAGCAAGUGGAAGCCUUGAGUGCCAGCCAUUUUGGUGUACAGCCUCAACCACAAAGACCUGUCAGUAAAUUUAGGUCAAGGUCAAGUCAGGUGACAACACCAGGAAUCUCAGUUGCUGGUCCAUGUGUCAUUGAUGGGGCUGGGCUGAGUGCUUCACAGAGCAAGUUAGAGUCACAGAACAUCCAUGAAGAAAAUGUACAGAAGUUGUCCUCCAUGUCUGAGGCUGAAAUUCUAGAUGAGCAGCAGAAGCUGUUGAAGAUGAUUGAUCCCAAACUAGUUGAGUUCCUGAGGGCCAAGAGAAAAGCUAAAGAAGAACAAGGGAGACAAGCAGGGGAUGUCCCAGAGCAGGCCAGGACUUUCUCUGUGCAAAAAGAAAAGAGAAAGCAGCUGAAGAAAGCUGACCCUGAGCUUGACCUGCCUGUCAAACCUGACAAGAACUGGGUCCACAUGACAACUGUUGAAAAGGACAAACUGGAGUGGAUGAAAGAUCUACCACCCCCGUCCUCCUUAUCAUCUGAGACAGGUAGAGCUGCCAGGUUUGACUUUAAAGGUAACCUCCUGCCAGUGGACGUGGAUCUACCUGUCAACAUGGGACUCCACCAUCAUGGGGAGGAACCUGAGAGAGCUGGCUACACACUGGAAGAGCUGUUUCAACUGGCCAGAAGUUCUAACCUACAGCAGAGGUCCCUCGCACUUCACACCCUUGCCAGGGUAGUUUCUAAUGCUAAAUCCGGAGUUUAUGUGGGGAAAGUUGAAACUCCCAUAAUUCCUGCAAUUUUAGCUGGCGGAGCUGUGAUUUUGUUACGCUGGGCUCUUGAUGACAGUGUGUCAGGGGCCAUCACUGCAGCCAUUGAUGCUCUACAUGCCCUUCUGUUUAACCCCUUGGAUGAGGAAGCCAUUGACCUAACAUGGACCUGGUACCAGGGUAAUGUCCUCCCUGCUUUAACUCCCACUGAAACACUAGAGAAAGAGUCGCAGCCAGAGGAUAUGGAUGAAGAAAACAAAGAGGUUGAGACUGAUGCUGAUGUCAUUAAGAGAGAUGUAGUUCAGGCCCUUGUGACCCGCAUGGAGCUCCUCACUCGCUUCCGCUACAUACUAGUGAGUGUCAGACCUCAGGCCAGCACUGUCGUUCAGAUGCUGGAGAUAUUGAGGAGAGUCGCUCAACACUCGGCUACAUUGGCAUACGAGAUAGAGAAGUGUCCCGGAUUAUUAGAGAAAAUUGUACAAGACUUUCUACCAACUGCUUGGUAUAUUGAAGAAGCUGGUCAGCCUGUCCACAACGUGUAUGGUGUUCCACUUCCUGCUGCGCUGCGACUGAUGCGGGUGCUGUGUCAGAGUGGAAGGAACAUGGCUUGUAUCCUGACUUCAAAGUUUCAACUGGUCAUUAAAAUCUUGCGGUAUCUAGCAGUGCCUGUCAGCGAUUUACAGCUUCCAUCAUCAGAGGCUACCCUGCUUCAUGCUGAAGCUUUUGCUUUAUGGAGAGUUUGUGCUACCUAUGGUUUUGCUGUUCAAGCUUAUUUUGACCUGUACCCUAACAUUGUCCACGCCGUGGGUAAGCUGGAAAGUACAUGCUCCCCUGACCAACCACCCAGCUCAGACGUCAGAAGUGACCACACAAGAUUUGAUGUUGGGCUGAUUAGUGUGCUGGAGAAAAUUGUUUCUCUGGCUGGAGAUUCAAAACAAGUGCAGGGUUUGAAAAACCAUAAUGAGAGCAGUUUUAAGGAAGUUGUUCAGCCAGACAUCAACUGGAGUCAUGUGACAGCUUUAAAUCAUCCAAUCAAACGAUGUCUUGUUCAGCUGUUGAGAGACAUAGGAUCCAGCUAUCCCAUCCAUAAACAAAGUUUACAUUUACCCACUGUGUGCAUCAACUUUAUGGCAACUUAUUACGAGGUAGAAAGUAAAAAGCCAAGUGGUGUGGCAGAGAUGACAAAUCUGGAACAAAUUGAAGAGCUCUGUGAGACAUGUCUUGCUCCAUUCUGGUCUUCAUUUGGUCUAACUGUCAUCACAGAAAAUCUUUGUUCUCAUUCUAACAUCUUGGUGCCAAAAGCUAAUGAGCCAGUGGAACAAGCCAGUAGCCUGCCAAGCUUGGGCGUGUUUAAAUUUGCAGACAGUGAAGGGGGAGACAAGCAGCAAGAAAACUGGAAGAUGAACCUGCCCCUCCUGUUACCCCACUCGCCAUUUGGAUUUAUCUCCUCUUUACUCCGGCUGGCACUGGUUUUAUGUAAACGUCAUAAAGGAUUGAUAAACAAGCUUCUAGAGCCCAUCACCAUGAACAAGGAUAUCCUGCAGUACAUGAAGAAAACUACAGUGACCCCAACCACAUACCUCAGCAAUUCUCACUUCACUCAAGCUGAAAAUCUGUGCCAGUAUUUUUGGCUGAAAUGUUGUUCCAUUUUGCCGUGUCCUGACAUGAGCACAGCCCACAAAGUGGCCUUGAACCUGUUGUCCAGACUGCACUACGGAGAUGAGCAUCUUGUCCAUGACCUCAUGUCCACCAUCAUAUUUGCCCCGUCUUUCAUUAGUGAAGGAGAAGAGAUCCAGCUAGCUUCUCAAGCCAUGUCAACUAUGAGCCUUACUGAAACUCUACACUUGAAGAGUGCUACUCAAGAGCAGAUAAACAUCAACCAAUGUCAGUUAUUGCAAGAAACAUAUUCUUCCUUGUCAAAAAUCAGAGGACACUUCCUGAUGGCAUUAGGUGGGAUGGAAAAGGCAGUUCAAAACUCAAGAAACCUGCUGUGUGGAAACCCCUCUGCCAUCUUAUCACAGAUGAUCAAAAAUGGAAAUGAGAUUUUAAUGCCAAAAGAUUGGAUCUAUAUGCCUCUCAUCCAUGUAUACAAUAAUGCUAGUCAAGGGGGUUCCAUAUCAGGAGUCAGCAUGUCCCCCCAGUGCAUUGCUAUGGUUACCAGUGUUUUGCAGUGGAGUUAUGCAAUGGAGAUUUGGAGGAGUGUGGAGAUAGAGAAAAUAUCUGUCACAGUUAGAAUAUCCAGGGUUCUGUGUGCCUUUAUAGCUGGUGCUGAUCUAUUUUUGGAAAGACCAGUCCACCAAUACCUGGCUGGCCUGCUCAGGGUCCUGAGUUCACACAAACUGCUGGAUAAAAUGGACUUUGAAGAAAAAAUUCCAGGAAUCACAUCAUUUUAUGACCUUUACCAAGAGUUCUUGGACCACUACGAGGCCGUGUCCUUUGGUGACCCAGUGUUUGGAAUGUAUGUGUUGCUGCCCCUGCAGCAGAAACAUAGUCCUAUGCUCAGGAAGGCUGUGUGGGGGGAGAGGAGGAAGAUGCUGAGGACCUUGAGAGUCCCCCUAGAGGAGAUGCUGACACCCCUACACAACUACCUGGAGCCUGAGGAGACAGAUGUUGAGCUGUUGCAGCUGUACACCUCAUCAUUGGUGACCAAAGCUGUGCAGCCUGUCUGGUCACCUGUGAUGUAUCUGUUGGCUGUCUACCAUCUCAACAGGUUUAUCUACAUCUCUCAGCAGGAUGAUAAAGUUGAAGUGAGGAAGCACAUCUGGUCACAGAUAGUUAAACAUAAAGAUCAGAUGAACGAUGUCAUCUAUUUUAAACAAGCCAACGUGACCUGCCCAUAUGGACUAGAACUGUAUGAUAGUCUGCCACCCACCAGACAAGCCAUGUUUAACCAAUUUUUGAUUCAGUCAGUCUGACACAUUGCUGAUUUAUACCAUUUUAGAAAAGCUCAUUUCUUCAAGACUUAUUGUUGCAGGAAAAUGUAAAGACGAAAAAAGUUUUGUUAAAAAAACAUGUUGAGUUCCAAA